GUCACUUUGACAUCCUUGGCUAACUCGUACAAUAGAGUUCAUAAACAUGUGUACUUUCCUUCAGCUUAACUCACUGGAAUAAGGUGAAAAACAGCAUACAUAUUAAUGAACUCGUACAGAGUAGGCCCGCGAUAUUUCCUCACUUGAUUCGAGUUAUCACCUCAUACGCAUACAUACAUUUGCACAUUGUCAAUUGCUGUAAUAUUUGCAAACAAAAGUCCUAUUUAAAGAACACAUUCUCAAUUUUGAAUCAUUCCACGCCUUCAGUUCACAAUGAUUGCUUUGAAAGUUGUGUUUGUCGCCAUUUUGGCAGUCAGCUUAGCUGCUGAAGACGCAUCCAAACCAGAAGUAGAAGUCCUAACUGAAAGAACAUUCGUCAAAGAAGAUGGGUACAAUUUCGAAUACAAGUUAAGCGAUGGCGUCUCCCGGACAGAAGAAGGCUCUCUGAUCACGGUGGGCGAUCACCAGGGCAUCGCCGUGCGUGGCCAGUACUCGUACGUGGCUCCCGACGGCCAGGAGUAUACGGUCACCUACACUGCUGAUGAUAAGGGGUUCAAUCCUGUCAUCCGCGCCCGGCCCGCUAAGGGACAAUAAAAUAUUCUAAACAUU